UUUUGAAAACUUAUGUGCAACAGAGCUAGGGCCAGACGCUAAGUAACCCACUUUGGCUUCUUCUCGAAGAAAGUAUUGUCUCUGUAAAUAAACGCAAUAGUUUCUAAAAUCUGAGGGGGAAUCAAAUCACGAAGAAAGAGAAAUAAAUGUUGAAGAACUCCAUGAAUGUUGCUCAGCUACUACUGCUUCAAGUUCUACUCGCGAUUGUGAUACACAUAAGCGCUGAUGAAUCCUUUGAUGUUCGUCAACAUCUAUCUACUGUUUCCAGAUAUGGUGUUGUGAAGGAUAUAUCUGACAAUUCCUUUGUACCUUCCCAAAUUACAGAUCAAUGUACUCCUAUUCAUUUGAAUCUUGUGGCACGGCAUGGCACUCGUGCUCCUACCAAGAAGAGGAUAAGGGAGUUUGAAGCCUUGUCUGCUCGACUGGAAGUCCUUGUACGUGAUGCUAAGGAACAGAAGCAGUCUUCGGAUAACAUUCCUGCUUGGUUAAUGGGAUGGAGCUCUCCUUGGAAGGGAAAGCGUACGGGUGGAGAGUUGAUCCAUGAAGGCGAAGACGAGUUAUAUCAUCUUGGUAUCAGAGUCCGAGAACAGUUUCCAGACCUGUUUAGUGAAGAAUACCACCCUGAUAUAUAUUCAAUCAAGGCUACCCAGGUUCCUCGGGCAUCAGCUAGCGCUGUGGCAUUCGGCAUGGGGCUGUUUAGUGGAAAAGGGAAGCUUGGAACCGGGGCUCAUCGAGCUUUUGCUGUUACCAGUGAAAGCCGUGCAAGUGAUAUAGUUCUGAGAUUUCAUGAUUGUUGUCAAAGCUACAAGGAUUUUAGGAAAAGUCAGAAGCCAACUGUAGAGAAGCUCAAAGAACCUAUAUUAGAUGAAAUUACUCAAGCACUAGUGAGGCAAUACGGGCUUAAUUUUACUAAACAGGAUGUAUCUUCCUUAUGGUUUCUCUGCAAACAGGAAGCUUCCCUGUUGAACAUCACCAAUCAAGCUUGUAGUCUAUUCAGGCCAUCUGAGGUUUCUUUGUUGGAAUGGGCCNUUGGAUGUAUCUGGUGUUCUUCGUUUUAUGUGCAUUCUCCUCCUUUAGAAGGAUAUGCUUCCGGGAGCUAUGAAAAGGCAAGACUACGUUUUGCUCAUGCAGAAACUCUACUUCCGUUUUCAUGCUUGCUUGGGCUCUUUCUUGAAGAAUCUGAAUUUGAACUAAUACAAAGAGAGGAGACGUUGCAAUUCCCUCGUAAGCCUCCUACAAAGAGAAACUGGCGGGGAAGUAUAGUGACACCUUUUGCUGGAAAUAACAUGCUUGUCCUUUACAGCUGCGUGUCAAAUAACUCAAGCAAGUACUUUGUGAAAGUGCUGCACAAUGAACGUCCGAUUCCUAUUCCAGGUUGCAAUGGCUCAGAUUCUUGCCCAUUUGAAGUAUUUAAGGAAAGAAUUGUUGCUCCUCACUUGAAACAUGACUACAACGCGCUUUGCAACGUAAACUUGGAACAAAAAGAGAAGAAUUCUGCCCCCAGCAAGUUAUCACAAAUGUUUAGUUGGUUUUUCUCCCUGAGAAAUGCUGUUACACCCGCUCAGAACGUGGAGCUAUAACAACAAUUAUUACGCCUCAAUUUCAAGCAUUGGGGAACUUUGUUCUGUGUAUUUUAUAAGCUGAUUCAAGCAGUGGCCAGCAUGUGUCUUGGUGUGGUACAAUUUCCAAGGUAACUGUCUUGUAUAAUCAAGUUUUUUGCUGACUGGUCUAACCAUAGGGUAGCCUAUAUAGAAUGUAUUCAAUUACAUAGUUUAUAGUUGUAGUUUUCACAUCCAAAAAUGUAAUGCUCCAUUCAUCUAGGUCCUUUGAUUUCCCUUACCCUCCGAAGAUUGAAUUACUUUGUGGAUGUAUAGAACAAAAACAGUGUUUCCAACUGCCUUAACAAGUAAAAAGACAUUCGGGCUAGCUAGGUCGUUAAGCUAUU